UCAUUCAAUUGCUCAGAGAUUUCAAGUCCACCGAAAAAGUUUCAUUCUGACAGAGGUACAACAGCAACUAUAAUGAGAUCAUCUCAUUAGAGGAAUUUGAAUUUCGUGGAUUUUCAUGAGAUUUGUACCUCCUUGAGCACAUCACCACAAGCAAAAUGAGCAGCAAGACGGACGGCAUAAAGCACCAUUGUGUGACCUUUUUCCAUGGGUCAGUGGUCACCUACUAUGCCAUCGUUGAUUUCCACAUGGCCCAAGCCAACUACAAUUUGUACCAGUCCGACCACCCCAUCACCAAAAUGUUCCUCUGCGGUGUCUUACACUUCUUUACAACUUGGAAUCAGGUUUUCCACCAACUUUACUUUCUGCUAAGUCUGGUACAAGACCUCCUGACCUACUCAACAAACCGCGAUCACUUACAAUUUUGCUCGUGGUUCGACUCGAUAAAAUACAAAUACUUCGUUCCAAUUCUUAUGCCAGCUACGUUCAUGACCAUGGUGAAUUACUGGACCAUUCACUUAAUCGCACCGCAUCUUAUGCUGGCCGAACUUCUUCAAUUUUAUGCCCCAUGGCUUAAUCACGCGGUGCACACUUUCAUCACGCCGAUUAUACUUGGAGAGUUCUUUAUCACCACACAUGGCAUCCCGUCGUGGAGGAAGGGAUUCAAGUACUCCACGAUUUUGAUGGCUUGCUACGCUGGAUGGGUGUAUCCAUUUGGAUUUCUCCUUGGCCAGUGGCCCUAUCCUUUUCUGGAGGUGAUGAACGCAACGCACCAUAUUUUAUUCUUCCCUUCAAUGUUUAUCCACGGCUACUUCUGGUACAUAGUCUUCAGAUACGCUGAAAAGCAGUUGUACGGUGAAUAUGCAUCAACGAGUGCAGCCACGAAUGGAAAGAAGAAAGACUGAUGCCCUUUUAAACUGCAUGCUUUCAAUGUGAUAUCAAUAAUCCAAUAUUUUUUAUGUGCCAUUUCGAAAUGGAUAAAAAUUCGCUGGUCGAAAAUAAAAUUAUGACAAACUGAAGAAUAUAAAUGCAUAAAUGAUGGUGGAUUAUUUUGAUUAUCUUUAUACUAUGAUAAAACAAUAAAAAAUGAAUGUAACCAGA